AUGAGCUCCUCCAUUCAGACUCUCUGCCGUGGCGCUCGCGCUGCUCCCCAAACCCUCCGUCUCGGUCUUACCCAGACUCGACGACUGAGCACCACAGAUCCCAGCCGCAGCCUUUCAAACGGCCGCGACACUGCUGUCCACGACCCAAUCAUGGACAAGUUCUGGGGAAACACUCGCGUCAACACCAUUUCCGAGUCUUCCGCUGUCGUUACCGAGACUCCCAGCAUGUCUUCCUCGUCCAGCCGAGACCCUCCUCUGGGCACAAACGUCUUUGAGCCUUCAUCCGCUCCUCGCUGGUCCGGCAUCAAUAUCCCCGCUGGACGUCAAUAG